AUGCGUCUCGACUAUGUCCCCAACCCACCCACCGACCUCUCCCCCGAGGACCAAGAGGUGCUGGAACGAGUCAAAGUCCGGCGCGGGUCCAUGGGCCUGAUUCCCCUGGACCUGACACUCCUGCACGCGCCCAAAAUCGCCGACGGCUGGAACGCCCUCCUCGGCGCCGUGCGCACCAAGAACUCGCUGCCGGACGACCUCCGCGAAAUCGCCAUCUGCCGGCCCGCGCUGAUCAACCAGGCCUGGUUCGAGUGGAACGCACACGCGCCCAUCCUGCUCAAGGCCGAGGGCUUCACGGAGGAGAAGUUGGGCGUGGUGCGCGACCUGCAUCCCAAGGACAAAGGCGCGCUGGACGAUCGGCAGUGGGCGGUCCUACGCUUUGCCGACGCCAUGACGAGAGACAUCAAGGUUCCUCAGGCGCUGUUUGACGAGGUGAAAGGGAGUGGGUUCACGGAUCAGCAGAUGGUCGAGUUGACUGCCACGGUCGCCAGCUAUAAUCUUGUCAGUCGGUUCUUGGUCGCUUUGGAUGUUGGUGAGCAGAAUGAGAAGGUGCCCGAGUGGGCGAAGUAG